AUGGAAAGCAGCAGCAGUAAAGUAGUACCAGAAUCUGCCAUGGAAGCAGUAGAAAGAACCUUAGCAAAUCUAAAACAAGUAGAGACCCAUUUGCUUGAAUUCUUGGCUCUUGCUAACCCUGAUGUCCUUGAGGAAAUGCCACCUCUUCAAAGGGCUCAAUCUCUCUUCAUGCUUGCUAAGGCUACAUCUACUCUCUUUGCAUUGAGAUUGAGAACUUCUGGAAUUCACCCUGACGAGCAUCCUAUUAAGACAGAGCUUGAAAGAUUGAGCCUGUAUCAAGACAAACUAGAACGGUUCGUAGAUAUAAGUAAAGAACCAUCGCAGCGUUCCACUACUUUAAAUUACCAGGCUGCAACCCGUUUCAUCGAGCAUUCCUUGCCUGACCUUACUCCCGGACAGCGGAAAAGCUUGAGGGAUAUCAGUAAAGGAGAAGGGCCCAAGAUCAAGUAUACUGAGAGGAGCACCCACAAGAAGAGAAAAUAUGAUACAUCUGAAAAACAAUCAGUUCAAGCCGCUGCUCAAGAAUUUCUUGAAAAGGCUGCAAUUGAACUUUUUGGUGGCAGCACAGAUGGUUUCAAGGGACCUCUUAUAAAAGUUGACUCGUCAUCUGAAGAUGACCUGCCUGUGGAGUGA